GUUCGACCAGGGCUGAGAACAAGAGAGAACAUGGCGUCCCAGAGACAGGGACAUCUGGUGUGUUUGAUCCUCCUUCAGACAUGGACAUGGGAAAGUCUUGGGAAAGAUUCCCAGACGGCUGUCUAUGAACUGCCUGGACAACAGAAUGUUCUGGAGUUUAUCCAGCAGACAGUGAAGAAGCUCAGACCCGUGUCCAGUCUGGGCCCAGGUAAUCAAGUCAUAUUUGAUGUCAAGCGCAGUGGGAACGGUGAAACUGUGACUGCAGUGACUACCAUCAUCUACAACAAGGUCAAUGUGAACAAGGGGAAAGGCUACAAUUGCAAGACUGGGAAGUUCACCGCUCCGAAAGGGGGCCUGUAUUUCUUCAGCUACUCCUCGCUCCCUGGCAGAGGGACGAAGACUGACGUGCAGCUACUGAAGAAUGGAAAGGAAGUUAGUUUGAUCCACAGUGUCCUGCCCAUAGGUAGUUCCCAGCUCUCCAUGAGGAACAUCAUCCUCAAACUCAACAAAGGGGAUAAGGUGUGGGUGCAACUGAUCGCCGGGAAACUGUGGAGUGAAGGAGGGUCCCUCAGCUUCCAGGGCUUCCUACUGGGGCAGUAGGCCGUCCCAGCAAUGCUUUGCUUCUGCAAGCCCUUCCUGCUCUGCAGA